AUGAUAAUACCGCUAUGCAUCGUCAACCUGGGUGGCUACACGUGGUCCGCCACGUUGGAGCCUGGCGUUACCCUCCUGGAUCUCACUAGUCUGUCUGGCUGUUCUUUGGCGGCAUCAGCAUUAUUUGACCUCGUCUUCGACGAUGGGAUAAGGCCGCUAUAUAUCGGCCAUCAUUUGGCAAUGCUCCUGGCCACACAUGGCACAACUGCCCUCAUCAUGACCCUCCCCAUCAACAAUAAGAUGCGGAUGCUGGGGCUCUUUCAGGCCUACAAGGUCGGACUGACAUGGGCUCUUUACAUGCGAGCCCAAUACUCUGCGCCGACUCUUCCUGAUCAACUUUGUGACUUUCUCCUCCGCCACGAUCCUGGAGGCGAUUACAAUGGCCUAUCUCCUGCUCACAAGAUGGGACCGGCUCCCGACGGACGUGGCUGUUAUCAUGUCUUUGUUCCAGAUACUGUUCACGACAACAAAGUGGAAGACUGUGGGCAGGCUGUUCGGGGUGUACAACAGCCACAAGACAGAAAUGAAGAGGCUCCGCCGCGUAAGGAAAUGGGAGGAGGAAAAACUUAG